GGAUGCUUGAGCACAAACUCUCGAUUCGUGAUCCUUGAGACUCUGUUGUGUCUCCGAGCUCUUCGUGUGUGGUACCCAACAUGCAAUUCGUGACACUACUACUGCUGAGAACCUCGGAUGGUCAUUUGCCGUUGUUCGGUCCACGCAAGAAGCCAAGGUACAUACUGCCGUGCAUGGUGCGGUGCGCGCGGGAGGCGCUACAGAACUCUCCCGCAAUUUGCGCUUGGGCCUUGCGAUUCGCCGUGGUGCUUCUGCAGGUCGGGCGAUCCGAAGUCUCUUCGAGGGGCUUCAGCCCUUCUGUGCCUGUGCGCACCCAUUACUACUUGUGACACAAUACGGUCCAGCGUACGUGCGAGGCAAACGAAACGACUCUCGAUUUCAUCGUGAGAUGCCUAACCCUGAUGUUGUGAUUUCGGCGUGAUAGUAGAGAGCCCAAAUG